AGCCACAUCAGAGGCCAAUUGCUGUUGAAUCAUAUAAUCGCAUUGCUUACACAACGGGAAUGGAAAGUUUGCCUGUUUUCCAAGUGAAAGUAAAUGAGUGGACAUCGGAGAAGUAUUUUGAUGUUUUAGGCAUGAAAAUUCCAGUAUUUUUUACUCCCAACCCUAAGUUACUGUCCGACGUCAUCUCCAAUUUCCAAACGAGAGCUGAAGAUGUGUUCGUGGUUACCUACCCCAAGUCAGGGACAACUUGGAUGCAAGAGAUUAUCUGGCAAAUCUAUAACAACGGGGAGAACACAAGUAAAAAUAUUUUUGAACGAGUUCCAUUCCUAGAAUUUUCAACAAGUCCCAUAUUGGGAGAGUUUGCGGACAUCGCCAAGGUUCCCAGCCCUCGCCUUAUGAAGUCCCACCUUUCUUACAGCAUCAUUCCUAAAGGUUCAAGCGACGGCGCCAAAUGUAAAUACAUUUACAUUGCCCGUAAUCCAAAGGAUGUUGCAGUUUCAUAUUUCCAUUUCACGGUGAGCCUGACGUCAUUUGGAAAUGGCUACAAUGGGCCAUGGGAAUUUUUUUCCAAGUUGUUCAUCGACGGAAAUGUUGGUUGGAACAAAUGGAAUGACCAUGUUCUGGGCUGGUGGAAGCACAAAGAUGAUCCUAACGUCUUGUUUCUAAAAUAUGAAGAUCUCAAAAAGGAUCUACCUUCACAAGUUCGAUUGACUGCCAACUUCCUUAACAAGCCGCUCUCAGAGGAUAUCAUUAAUCGUAUUGCUGAACAGUGCAGUUUCAAUGGGAUGACAAAAGAUUUAUCAAGGUACACGGUGCGCUUCAAUGAAGGCCAAACCUCGAUUCUUCGGAAGGGCGUGGUCGGAGACUGGAAGAAUUAUUUUACUCCAGAGUUGAAUGAGAGAUUUGAGAAGGAGGUGUUGUCAAAAAUAGAAGGAACUGGAUUGGAGUUUGAUUUUGAGUUAUAA